GCAAAUGAUUCAUAAAGACGUCGCAGCACCUUCCUUCUCCCCGCCACGCCAGCUUCAGCACCUCGGACAGCGAAUCCCUCCGAUAGGCUGGAGCCCGUCGAUGGCCAGUGGCUUCAGCCGCGAUGCUGUGACCGCGACGACCAGGCAGCCUCAGCAGCAGCCUCCCGUCAGCAGCCAAUGGGAAGGCGCCGUUUCUCUGCCGCCAUCCAACCCCGAAUAACUGCAGAUGCCCGCAUCAGAGCGGCGGGUCUCCCUCCCUCUCUCCGUGUCUCUCUAUCUGGCAGGUUUACAUAGCUGAGGGUAUAAGCCGCUGUCUAUUUUUGGAGUACAAAGUGGCCAUUUUGCUUCCACCGAUCGCUCUCUUGGUGUUGCGCGCCUUUGUGUCGAUGAAGAGCGAUAUGUGCUGUUUUUAUUUACGUCCGAUGGAGGUGUGUCCGAGCUGCGAGCAUCCUAGCGGGACAUUAAGAGCCGUGUCGGUCGGCCUGUAGGAUUUUCCGUUUCUCAAUGGAAGACAUCUCCCUGCUCGCUCCGAGCGAAGGCGUCAAGUGCAUUUCGCGUUUGCUCCGCAUCUGUAUUCCCAUCGACGAGCCGAAGGGCUUCCUAUAAAGACCCCCGAGUCGCGGACCUGUCCGGUCCUGUAACAACAGGGCUCUUAUAUAAUCAGGGACCGAGCCGUUUUCACUCUCUGGACCCCUGACGUCUUGUGCUGGCGGCGCGGGAAUCGAGCAGGACGGAUGGAAAGCCCCUUUUCACGUUUUGACCGCAUUUGCCCAGCAGCAAGGGGGUCGGGGGGCGGGGAGGGGGUCAAGGUGUGAUACAUGGAUCCCACAAGACGAGUCAAUUGAUUCCAAGGUUUGACUUUCUCCAAAAGUGAGACAUUUGGAUCCUCUCAAAGCUUUUGUUAAGGAACAGUCAACCAGCUUCCCCCCUGCUGCUCCCCAUCACCCUUUCUCCGAGCCACUGGGAACCCCUGUGCAGACAUCAUGGGCACGGUGCUGUCUCUGUCUCCCAGCUACCGCAAGGCAGUGCUGUUUGAGGACGGCCCCGCGGCGGUGGGCCACUACACGGCGGUCCAGAACAGCAAGAACGCCAAGGAUGCCGCCACAGCAGCAGGAAAAUCCCUCAAACGCCCCUCCAUUAUCAGUGUGUUGCCAUGGAAACGCAUUGUGGCUGUAUCGGCAAAGAGGAAGGGGUCCAAGAAGUUGCAGGCGGAGGGCGGGGAUGGUGGGAAAGGGAGCUCUCCGGAUGGCCACGCCUUGGCCACGGCCACCUCAGCCUCCAGCAGCCUGAAGCUGAAGAAGUCUCAGUCCUGUGCUAACCUUUCAUCUUACACCUCCAGCCAGGAGCCCUCGACCACUACCACCACUACCUCCUCCCUGCUGCCAAUCUCCAAGACCUUGGCUAAUGUAGCUACUGUCGCUGCCAAAAAUAUUUCCGGGGUCCAGCCAGCGGCCGCAACCGGCACACCCAAACGUGUCAUUGUCCAGGCUUCCACCAGCGAACUGAUGCGCAGCCUGGGCGAGUUCCUGUGCCGUCGGUGCUACAGGUUGAAGCGUCUCUCUCCCACAGAUCCAGUGCUGUGGCUGCGCAGCGUUGACCGCUCCCUCCUCCUGCAGGGCUGGCAGGACCAGGGCUUCAUCACUCCGGCCAAUGUGGUCUUCCUCUACAUGCUGUGCCGAGAUGUGGUCUCAUCCGAGUUGGCUUCAGAGCGUGAGCUGCAGGCGUCACUUCUCACCUGCCUCUACCUGUCUUACUCCUACAUGGGCAACGAGAUCUCCUACCCGCUGAAGCCCUUUCUGGUCGAGGCGGAGAAGGAAGCCUUCUGGGACCGCUGCCUCGACAUCAUCAACCGCAUGAGCGGCAAGAUGCUCCAGAUCAACACCGACCCACACUACUUUACCCAGGUGUUUGCCGACCUGAAGAACGAGAGCAAGAAGGAGGAGGAGAAGACCAAACUCCUCAUAGGCCUCGACCGAUAAGAGGGAGUUAGUCCGUUGAGUAGUCAUGCAGUCGUCUUGUCUGGUGUCUCUAACUAGUUUAUUGUGAACCAAAUUUCCCGUUUAGCAAAGUACAAGAGCUUUUGGGAUUCAACACUCAUUCAAUUAACCCAGGGGUUGCUGUGUGGUGUGGCCACGCCAUCAUUAGCCACAUUAUUGGUCAUGAUUGCAUCUGAUUAGAUUCUAGAGCUUGGCAGACUACUUGUUUAUAUCCAACAGCUUGUGCACAUGACUCAGUAAGUGACAAUAACAAGCUUUGCUGCAGAGAUACGAUCAGUGGAUCAAUGUUUUAUUGAAGGCAAGGGUUGGUGCGGCGACAUUACCAGGCUGUCAGAAAGAGAAAUCCGUUAUUUUCAUCUGUUGCCUCAGGCAAGAUUAGAAGAUUAAAAGAGUAUUUUCUGUCUUUUGAUCAAAAUGAAUAGGAGUAGAAACGCCAGACAACACAGCAUUACUAACUAAGGCUAAAUAUUAUAAAUAGAGAUAUCUUGUGUAUUGAUACAGUGAUAUUCUGUAAUUAGCAUCAAGGCAUUUCCGCCAUAGAGAAAUGUGAAAACCACCUUGCAUGAGGUCACUUCAUGUCCUUGCACAUGACAACAUGCUUAUUGCCAACUCCACCAUACCUUAUUCCUAUUGGUCUGCCCAAACGUAUUGCACUCACCAAAACUGGCCAACAGCUCUAAUGCUGUACCUUUAAGAGCAUCCAGGAUGAGGUAGAAUCUAGAGGCUAGUCUGCAAACUCGUCAGACCGUAAAAUUUAAGUCGCUGUUUUAGCGUUAUUGUACUUUAGUGGAUCAAUUCAUCCACACCAUAAAGCACCGUGCUUUCAAGGUAACAUUUGGGCACAUCCCGUCAAAUAUGCUGUGUGUUAGGAAAUCAGUUAUUUAUUUUUUAAGAGUAGUAAAUACUAACACGUUUGGGACAGAUUAAUAAUCGUUCACCAGCCCCGCCGUAAGAUGUUUACAUUUACAAAAACAUGGGAAAAUGCAAUACUGACCCCUCGAUAGCAUAUUUUACACAGAGAAGUGUUUCUUUCAUUCCCGCUUCUCCCCUGCACUUUCUCCUGCAGUCCACAUUGGUGCUGUCCUGAGGUGAGCAGAGGGAACCGGUUCACUGAAAGAAAGGAGACAGCGCUCACGUUGAAUGAAUGGUUGGUGCUGCUGGGCGUCCCAGAGGACGUCCUCAAAGUGUAGACCAUGUGAUCUGUUUCAACCAAUGGCCACACACGUCAGAGUGAAAGGUGACGUUUCCAGGUGUGUGUGGGCGGACGCCACGAGGUGUACAUGUGACUUUUUACUUCCAAGCGCUUUAAUGUUGCUGCGGCCCACUCGGCUUUAGGGACCUCCUCUGCUGUUUGAAGAGUCCCCCCCCCCCCCCCCCCCCCCC